AUGAAGAGGAACCGUUUAUCUUUCAUGAAUAAAGUUAUCCAGUCCUCACCUGCAGUGAAACAGCCAAGACUUGGGUGCUGUUCUCCUCUCAGCCAGGCUCACAUGCUUGCUGCUCGUCUGGACUGGGGGAGUUUGCCCCACCACGUAGUGUUAUGUGUUUUCCAGUAUCUUCCUUUAAUAGAUCGAGCCCGGGCAUCUUCUGUCUGUAGGAGAUGGAAUGAAGUUUUCCACAUACCUGACCUUUGGAGAAAGUUUGAGUUUGAGCUGAACCAGUCAGCUACUUCAUAUUUUAACUCCACUCAUCCUGAUCUCAUUCAGCAGAUCAUUAAAAAGCAUGCUGCCCAUCUCCAGUAUGUCAGCUUUAAGGUUGAUAGUAGUACUGAGUCAGCAGAAGCUGCCUGUGGUAUACUUUCUCAGCUGGUAAAUUGUUCUAUCCAGACUUUGGGCUUGAUUUCAACAGCCAAGCCAAGUUUUAUGACUAUGUCAAAGUCUCAUUUCGUGUCAGCACUUACAGUUCUUUUUGUUAACUCAAAAUCAUUGUCGUCAGUCAAAAUUGAAGACACGCCAGUGGAUGAUCCUUCUUUGAGCAUUCUUGUGGCCAAUAAUAGUGAUACUCUAAGACGCCUAAAAAUGAGUAGCUGUCCUCAUGUUUCAUCUGAUGGAAUCCUUUGUGUAGCUGACCAUUGUCAAGGUCUGAGAGAACUGGCAUUGAAUUAUUACAUGCUAAGUGACGAACUUCUCCUGGCGCUUUCAAAUGAGACUCAUGUUAACCUUGAGCAUCUUCGAAUAGAUGUUGUGAGUGAAAAUCCUGGACAAAUUGAAUUUCAUUCUAUUAAAAGACAAAGUUGGGAUGCACUUAUUAAACACUCCCCUGGAGUGAAUGUUGUUAUGUACUUCUUUUUAUAUGAAGAGGAAAUGGAGACGUUCUUCAAAGAAGAAACCCCUGUUACUCAUCUUUAUUUUGGUCGAUCAGUAAGCAAAGAGAUUCUAGGACGGCUAGGUCUUAACUGUCCCCGACUAGUAGAGUUGGUUGUAUGUGCUAAUGGUAUUCAGGUCAUUGAUAAUGAACUUAUUUGUAUUGCUGAACACUGUAAAAACUUAACAGCCUUGGGCCUCAGUGAAUGUGAAGUUAGCUGCACUGCAUUCAUUGAGUUUGUAAGGCUGUGUGGGAGAAAGCUAACCCACCUCUCCAUCAUGGAGGACGUUUUGAUACCUGAUGAUGUUUGUAGCCUAGAUGAAACUCACACUGAAGUCUCCAAAUACCUGGGAAGAAUAUGGUUUCCUGAUGUCAUGCCUCUCUGGUAA